ACUUCUUCCGGGUUACCUUCGUUCCGUCACUGUGCACUUGCCGAAGCCCGAAGAAUCAUUAGUUUUAUCGGUGCAGUGCUUCGUCUUGAGCAGCUCUAAGACCUUAUAUACCUCGUAAUUCCGGACCUGACGCAUUUUGCAUUUUGUUCUGGUCCCUAAUGGAUUUACCUUGCGUAAAUGGUGUUGUCGAUAAAAAAUCGAAAAAGGAGCUGCGGAAGUUAAAGCGAGAUGUCCAAAGACCAUCUGGGUUAGAUGGGUCUCAGGAGGUGGUCAUGCUUUCGGUUGAUGCCGACGGGGGACUUCAAUCGAUCUCAGAGCCUUACGGUCACUUGCCCCUCCACCAAUCACAGUACAAUGUUGGACCUGAUUAUGUGGAACUUCGGGAUUUAAACAAAGAGGCGUUUAUUGACAAUCACUUAUGGAUUCGAGGACGAUUGCACCGAAGCCGCAUGAAGGGAAAGUUGUGCUUCUUCAUUGUCCGCUUUCAAGAGUUUCGUGUUCAAAGCGUCCUGUCCACAAGUGAGAAAACCCCGAAAGAUAUGCUAAACUUUGUUGCUAGCAUACCGAAGGAAUCCAUAGUUGAUGUGUACGGUUGUUUGAAGCGUAGUCCUGUUCUGAUCGAUGGAUGCAAUCCGGAUAAUGUCGAAUUGCAAUGCGAACGGGUUUACGUCGUCAGUGCCGCUCUCCCAACUUUGCCCUUGCAAAUCGAGGAUGCCAUGCGACCAGACGGUGAUGAAUCCGUUCUGAGCCACGUCAAUCAAGACACCCGUCUGGACAAUCGUUGCAUUGACCUUCGUACACCGGUCAACCAGGCUAUUUAUCGUCUGGAAGCUGGCUGUGUUCGCUUUUUCACGGAGUACCUCACUAAAGCAGGCUUUGUAAAUAUUCAAACCCCCAAAAUGAUAUCUGCUGCCUCAGAAGGCGGUGCCAACGUCUUCAAGGUGUCCUAUUUUUCCGGAUCGGCUUACUUGGCACAAUCUCCGCAGUUGUACAAACAAAUGGCGAUUGCUGCUGAUUUCGGACGGGUGUUCACUGUUGGUGCUGUUUUUCGAGCGGAAGAUUCCAAUACCCACAGACAUCUGACCGAAUUUGUGGGCUUGGAUUUGGAAAUGGCUUUUAAGAAUCAUUAUCACGAAGUGGUCGACCUGAUCGCUGACAUGUUUGUGAAUAUGUUCAAGCGAUUGCAAACCGAGUACGCCUCGGAGAUUGCAACUAUUUCCAAGCAAUACAAAUCGACGCCUUUCGAAUUUCUGGAACCUACUUUGAAACUAGAAUAUCGUGAGGCGAUUCAAAUGCUUCGUGAUGCUGGAUGGGAGUUGGGUGACUAUGAUGAUCUGAGCACGCCAGCUGAAAAGUUCCUGGGGCGCCUGAUAAAGCAGAAGUACGGCACCGAUUUCUACAUCUUGGACAAGUUUCCAUUGGAUAUUCGUGCCUUUUACACCAUGCCACAUCCAUACGAAGAGAAAUAUUCCAACUCUUACGAUUUUUUCAUGAGAGGUGAGGAAAUCAUGUCAGGUGCUCAACGCAUCCAUGAUCCAACUCUACUUACGAAGCGUGCAUUGCAUCAUGGCGUUGAAAUUGAGAAAAUUAAGGCCUAUAUCGACGCAUUCCGUUACGGGUGCCCUCCACACGCUGGGGGCGGCAUCGGUCUAGAGCGCGUGACCAUGUUGUUCCUUGGACUGGAUAAUAUCCGAAAAGCGUCCAUGUUUCCGCGUGAUCCCAAACGUCUAACUCCGUGAUUAUUGUCCUUUCCUAUUUCGCUAUAUUAAGUCGAAGCACCUAUUCUAUUACUCAUGGUGAUAUUUGCCCGUUCCGUAUUUUUACCUUAGAAGCUUGGGAUCCUCCAUCAACUAGCUUGUUUUCUUGAUCAAAACCAAAAUCGCCAGCGCUCUGUGUAUUAAGUGUUAAAUUUCGUUUCUUGUCCUUCCUCUAGCUUUUUUUCUCCAAACAAUGUCGUAUCAAAAUCCACUGACUUUCGUAAAAGAGUUUCAGUACUCUGC